AGGGCAACAGCACUUCGGCGAAUACUACGAUACACAAGCUCAUCAAGCAUAUAGUCGUAGCCAUGUCGCUCGUCCCCGCCCGCAACGGCGCCAACGCUCCGCCCACCCGCGCCGCCGACCUCGUCCAAGGCCCUCAGAAGACAUCCACCAAAGGCAAAGUCCCCACCGGGUAUGCGCAAGAGAUCGCCAUCUCCGAACAAUCCUUCCGCACCCUCCAUCGCGACGUGCAAUCACGGCAAUCCGCAGGCAGGAAGCGAAAACGCGAAGCCAGGGGCGACAGCGGCGUCGUCUACGGCGCGGAAGCCUACAAAGGACCGUGGGCCAAGUACGAGGAGCGGCGGAUAGACAGCGACAGCGGGGAGGAGGUGGAAGUGAGUGCGGACGAAGAUGGAGUAGAGACUGUGUACGAAGAAGACGCCAUCGCCCCCGUCCCCACCAAAGGAUCACUCGCAGGCACGAGCUACGAACAAAUCAGCGCGGACAAAGAAACCAGCGUCUUCGAAGGCACGCAACAAUACGACUACCAAGGCCGCACCUACAUGCACGUCCCGCAAGACCUCGACGUGGAUCUAACCUCCGACUUCGACAGCCUCAACCUGAAAUGCUACUCGCCCAAAAAGCAAAUCCACACCUUCACCCCUCCCAACGGCAAAAACGCACACGACCGCGCCAUAACCGCCCUCAAAUUCUUCCCCCAUUCCGGUCACUUAUUAUUAUCUUCCGGAGCAGACGGCAAAGUGAAACUCUGGGAUGUCUACCACGCCCGCGAACUACUGCGCUCCUACUCCGGCCACACCAAAUCCGUCGCGGACGUCGACUUCUCCCCCGACGGCACCCGCUUCCUCUCCGCCUCCUACGACCGCCAAAUGAAAGUCUGGGACACGGAAACAGGAACCUGCCUUGGCCGGUACAGCACCGGCAGUACCCCCCACGUCAUCCGCUGGCACCCGUCCCAACACGCCUCGGGAGGGGAGUUUCUGGCGGGGAUGCACGACAACAAGAUCGUGCAAUUCGACACUCGCUUGCCACCCAACGGGGACAAGAAAACCCCCGUCCAAGAAUACGACCACCACCUCGGCCCCAUCAACACGAUAACCUUCUGCGACGAGUCCCGUCGCUUCCUCACCACCUCCGACGACAAGUCCCUACGGGCAUGGGAGUACAACAUCCCCGUCCCCAUAAAACUCAUCUCCGACCCGUCCAUGUACCCCCUCGUGAAAUCCUUCCCCCACCCCACCAAACCUUCCGUCCUGUACCAAUCCGCGGAUAACACCAUCCAAGUCUACAACACCGGCGACAAAAUCCGCGCGAACCGGAAGAAGGAUUUCCGCGGGCACAAUACGGCCGGGUAUGCGGUGGAUGUGAGUGUGAGUCCCGAUGGGGGCGUGGUGGCGAGUGGGGAUAGUGGGGGGUGGUUGUGUUUCUGGGAUUGGAAGACGGGACGGUUGGGCCGGCGGGUGAAGGCCGGGGAGGCGGCGGUGGGGUGUGUGGGGUGGCAGGGCCGGGAGGGGAGUCGGGUUGCGUCGGGGGAUGUGGAGGGGGUUGUUAAGUAUUGGGAUUGAGAGGGCAGUGACCUCAGAGGUCGAGACGUGCCAAAGAGGCAGGUUCUUCUUUUCCUCCACCAGUCUCGGGCACCAACGACGCAACUUCGCCAAGCCAGCGUCAGAUCUUGUGAGGUCUAUCGCGGUUGGUUGGGAGAUGAGUGCACAGCACCAAGCCUAACGGUAAUACUAUCCACCCUGAAGCGCACAUGUCCUGUGCCCACCAGCUCCGAAGCCCUGCGGUGCGCAGCAGCUAGUAAGCGACCUUUGAUGUUGUGAAAUGGUAGUGAUUAAUGAAAGCAUCCCCAUGUCGGACACGGGUGAGUGUGAAUAAGCUGACAUCUGCCUUGUUGUCCAGUGGUCUCGAGCCGUCGACAAGCCAAGGAAA